CGCUGCGUAAAAAAGAGCCAAACGCUCAUGAAACACACCAGCCCACCGCAACUCUGUGCUUAAGCUGAUUUUAGGUGGAGAGGAAAAAAAGUACGACGUGUGGAUUUGCAGCAGGAGAGAAAUUCAGCAGACUUGGACGAGUUGCGGUGGUGCUGCGCUACAAUAUAACCAGAAAACCUCCACUGAGCGGAAUAAACUUCAGCUUCCUUUGGUGCCGAAAUAGAGGAUUAUUUUACCCGGAUUUUUUCCAGCUUCUUGUUGGUGAAUAGUAGAAAUAUGUUCAAGAAAACCAAAAGUAAAGUAUUGGUGGAUUAUGCGUCAGAGGAAGACGACAUGUCCUGGCACUACCAUCACUCCUACAAGGACAAAGACAUGGGAGAGGAAGAGGAGGAGGAAGCUGUCGCUCCGUUAGCCAAGGAGGCAAAGGUGAAGAUAAUGAUGUCCAAGAAGGAGAGGAAGGAGAAAAAGAUGCUUUCCUCCAAGGAUGAUGAACACUUGUUGCUGUCCGGAGAGAAGGUGGCAGAGCGCAAAGUGUCUAACAAAAAGGUCAAGGAAGGGGAGAAGGAGAAGAAGGACAAACCAGAAAAGGGAAACUGUUUCUGGGACAAUGUUACGAUGACUAUGAGGCAAAUCUCACCUGCUAAAAAACCGGAGAAGAUGGAGGGCUGGGAGCCACCGCAGCUGGGGAUGGUUGCUGAGACUGUGGGUGAGGAAGCCCUGGUCGAGGGCGGUCAGAAUGGAGAGUCUGCAUUGUCCCUUCCUCCUGACUCCAUCAGCAUACCCUUAGAAAUUCCUUCGUGGGGUGGACAGGGGUUUGAGGAGGACUCCUCCCGCUAUGCCAACCUGAAGGACUCCAACGACCCAGCUGCUGCAGUGAGGUGGACGGCCCGUGCCAAAGUCAAGCUGGCUGGCAUCAGUAGAAUGAGCAGAGGGAUCGUGUCAGAGGGCCCAUGGGCCAAUUUCAAGCAGUAGCAUGGUUUCAUUCAGUAGAUCUGAACCGAAAUUCUGCCUCCUAGUCUAGAAAACAUGACACCAUAGACUGUCACACAGGAAAUAAACAAGGCAGUGCCUUAACGUGCUACUCCAGUAGUGACCAGUAAACAGGAUUUAUUUUUCUCCUUUUAGUUUCUGUUGAGAGCGUUAAAGGGCAUAUAUCAUCAUUUUUAUUACUUUUCCUUCUUAAUGUGGGUCAGGUUUCCAUCUGAUAAGUUACAUCUAUGUCCAUACUAUGUAUAAAA